AAAAUCAAAGGGGGGCUAAUAAUUCUGACUUCAACUGUAUAUUAAUUAAAAGCCAUAUAAGAAUCAGCUCUAUUGCCUAAAUGUGUCUGACUGAGUAACACAAUUUAUUGUGUGUUACUCAGUAACACUGUGGCACGGAGAUGUGGAGAUUGUUAACCAUUUCCUGAGGAAAUGAUAUUUUGCUUGCAUGUUAAUAUGUUUGCUUGCAUGGAAAGUUUUUUUUUCUUCAUAAACCACCUCUAGCACUGUUGCCAUGUUUAGACUGAAGUUGCCAAAUCCCCAGUUCCAAUGCUGAUGAGAAGAAAUUGCUGCUAUAAUACACUGUACAAAACACAAAAGGGAUUGUCAAUCACACACCGUUAACAAUUAUUAUAAACUACACAUUAUUUAACUAUAAUAUGAGCUGUAUUUUACUGUAGGACAGUAAUGCUGUAUGUUACUGUAUUUUAAAGUUGAAUUAUGAAAAUUGCUAUUUAUUUGAAAGAUGCAAUACUGUAAAUGCAUAUACAGCAAGAUAAUUGGCGCUGCAAAUACAGUAUUUUACAAUAAUUGAUUUACAGUAAGUAACAAGUGGCGAACUGCUGCCAGUGAGUUACUGUAGAUACUACAGGACAUUGUUAACAAUGUAAAGAGUAUUUUUAUUUACAUUUCAAAUGUAUUUAAUGUUUACAUCACAAAUGAAUACAGAACAGUUACAAAAUGCAAUGAUAUGUUGAACUUUAACAAUGGCUGCUUAGAGAAUUCAUACAGACAUAAUUUUGCAACUACAUCCAUGUGCACAGUAUGAUUGAACAGUUCUAGCAAACACACAAACAUCCAGCUCACAUAAAGUUGCUUUAUUGCUUUACUUCUUGCACACACAUACACAAUUAUUGUAUAUUUGAUAUGUACAAUAGGUAAAACUACAUUUCUGAAGUUUGUGAAGAUAAACCAAUCAUCCUCCAUAUGCUAUCAAGUGCUGAUGAUAUUGAGGGAUAUUGAACAAUGUCUGGCAACCUUUUAUACAUGUCUUCCUAUCUUUUAUACAUCCUGUUACAUAUCAGAAGAACAAAGUGAAGGAUUGAAACAUCGAGUUCAAAACUUGCAUUGUUCUUUCAACUUGACAUGGAGGUGACACGCGCAUGUUACAAAAACUCACAUGUAAUUUUAUUCCUAGAUUAGAGUCUUUUCCAGUACCAUUAUGGCAACCUCAACAUAUUCUGAGUGUGACAGCUGCGAUGCCUGGUUUUUACCAGAAAGGACCACAAGUCCUAGUUGCUACAUAAACUACUCAUGAAAUCUGCCCCUUGAUGUGGGCACUUGAUUCCAGAAUGGACACGACAAGGCAAUUAGAAAAUAAUGAGGAGAUUGCUGGUUCAUCUGAACUUCCGGUGGAUAUCAGAGAUUGGGCUCCAGAUCAUGUGAGACAGUGGAUGAUUGAGAUAAAAGUGGACAAGGAAGAAGCAAAUAUUGUUUACAAUCAGAAAAUUAAUGGAGCUUGUCUUCUGCUUUUGAAGGAGCCUAAUCUCAGGGAACUAGGCCUGUCAAUGAAUGCAAUAAUACUGAUUGUUCACAAUAAAGGUCUUCUGAAACUAAAGACUCAACAGCAGAAUAAUGUGGUCACUCAUACUAGUAGCUUGAAGCCUUACCCUUUUAAUAGAUUUAAUGAAGCUCACAGGUACAGAGAAAACACUACUCUAGAUGUAACUGAAACUGGUACUAAAGACCUUAUUCAACCCUGUCAUGAAUUCAAAGGCUUCACCAACACAACAGAAAAGCACAGAAGGCAAAAAUACACUUUUGAACUCAUUCGAUUUGCAGCAGCUUGUAUGAACAGCCGCACAAAUGGCACCAUUCACUUUGGAGUUUCAGACGAUCCACACGGACAAAUUCUUGGAGUUGACAUCCCAAAAACAGAUGAGUUUGAUAAUCAACGGAAACAUGCAAUUGAAAAACAUUUUAAAUUGGAAAAGAAUGUUCAGGUAGCAAAGAUGUGCAUUAAACCUCCUCGAUUUGUUGAAGUUCUCAGAGCUGACAUGAUGUCCUCUGGAAAAAGUGUUAUUGAAGUGGAUAUAGAGCCAUCCUAUAAUGUCUGUCAAGACCUUUAUUUCAACACAUAUGAAGUCGAAAAAAGCCAAGAGGAACAAGAACUCAAAAAUAAAAACAAGAUGCCUGAGCCCAAAGCAACAGGCAAGAAAAAAAAUGAAAGCAAGUCUUUCUUUAUAAGAGAUGGCAGCAGCAGUAAGAAUAUCAUAACAUCUGAUUCCUCAAAGGAGUAUGAGAAAUAUCUUGCUAACAUGGAACAUUUAUCCCAGCUAAGGAAGGAAGCUGAAGAAAAGCAUCUUUCCGUUGUCAAAACCAGUGUCCAAGGCUCUAAACUCUGUGAGAUGAUAACAGGAGGGACACAAUCUUUGGACAGGUCACACUUUGAAUCGUACAUUGUGGUGGCCAACAAGUCUCAUCCAGUUCAGCUGGAAAACUUCAGUUUCCUUCUUUACAUGGACCUACUGGCUGUUUUGGAUUUUGAUCCAGAAUCUGCUGAACAUGGCUUGAAUACAUUAUUUGAAAAGAAAAAAAUAAAUCAUCAUUUACCAACUGAGUAUAAACUCACAGGAGUAGUUGAGGACAUAGCAGACAAGCUAAAACUUACCAAGAAUACAAGUUGGGUUUUUUGUAAUGGAGGAAUUAAAAAUGAAAGCCCCUCUGAUGCUGAUAACUGGUUGACUGAAAAAGGAUCCUCUGUGCGUGAUGUUGUUUCUUUCCUGUGCCGAAAAGAUGUGCUGCAUCAUAAAAAGUUUCUUGUCAUAUUCUUGCUAUUAAAUCAGGAAAGUGAUGCCAAUGGCCCUUUGCUUGAGACCUUCAAUAUGUUUUUACAGGAGCUUAAAGGAAGAAACCAAAUCUUAUGCAUCAGUGACAAUGCAACAUCAUACACCUACUGGAAGGAUCUCAUUCAGGGCCGCUAUAGAGUUGACAUCUCUAGGAGAUGCAUUUAUGAACUUAGUUUUGCUGAGGUCAAUGGCACGAUCCUUAGUUUGUGGUCAGAGAACCGCAAAUCAAAACGGUUUCUGCCUGGUUUUAGUGUUAGUAAGGUUUUGCUGGAACAUGAGGACUCAUUUGAUAUGCUGAGUAUUCUUUGUUUGAACCAGUGUGAAGGAGGAAAUGAGGACAAACAACAUCAUGAAGAAAUCUUUUAUAAGGGAGGGAAAGUGUCUUGGUGGAACUUCUACUUCUCAGAACAGCCCGGCUCAAUGCCGUUCAUCAAACGAGACAAGUUUGACUACAUUAUCAACACUAUUAUUCCAGAUAUAUGCAAUUUAGAAAGAUCUUGUGCAUUUUUCAACAUCUUCCAUCUUCCAGGCUGUGGUGCCACUACACUGGCCAUGCAUGUUCUCUGGACACUCAAGAAUAAAUUUCGUUGUGCUGUGUUGCAGGACUCAACAAAUGAUUACACUGCGGCAGCAGAACAGGUAGUGCAGCUACUAACAUAUAAGAAAGAUGAGGAACCCAAACGACUUCCAGUUUUGCUCAUGAUCGAUGACUUCCAAGAUAUAUCUGAUGUCAAAAAAUUCCAACUUCAAAUUGAGGAGGAAUGUCAGAGGCAAAAAAUUUAUUCAAAGUCUCCUCAAGUGGUUAUUGUCAACUGCAUGAGAGUUGAAUCCUUCGAACAAACUGAUGAUACAGUUUUCAUUGAAAACAAUUUAUCUGAAAAGGAACAGAAACUGUUUGAAGAAAAGCUAAAGGAGAUUGAGAAGACCAACAGAAACACUAAAACGUUUUAUGGAUUCAUGAUUCUAAAGUCCAACUAUUCUUCCACGUAUAUACAGGGUGUUGUAAAAAGCACCCUCAUUGGAUUCAAUCUCCAACACAAGCAUGCUCAGCUUUUUGCAGUUCUUGUCCUCUUGCAUGUCUACUGCAAGAAUGCAGUGCUGUCAGUCUCUACAUGUGAAGAGUUCCUUGGUUUGGAAACGAAAGCAGACUCUACAUCCUGCAAUGUGGAAAAUGGGUUCAAGAAGUUUUCCACUCUUUUGAAAAAAUGCCCGGUUGAUUAUAAAAUUUCCUUUGAGGGCGUGCGGGUGAUUCACUCAAGUAUAGCUCAACACUGCUUGAAGGAGCUUUCAGCUUCUCAUGGAGUGACGAAGGCAGAAAUCACUAACAUUCUGCUUACAACAGAGUUAUUUUACGAGUACACUCUGGGAAAACAAAAAUUAAUGCAGGAUGUUCACAGCAUGUUGGUGAGGAGGCAGAAUUCAGUUGAGGCUGAAGACUCCCUUUUUUCUCCACUUAUCCAAGAUAUAAUGAAAGAGACACCAGGGAUGGAAGAAACUGUUCUUCUCAAUGCAGUAAAGUGCUAUAGAAAAGAUGUAGCAAUACCCCAGCUUCUCGCCAGGUACUAUUACAUUAAGAAACAAGACUUUAGUAUGGCCAAGGAUUGGGCAAAGAAAGCCAAAGACCUUUCAGGGGAGAACUCAUACAUGUGUGAUACAGUAUCACAGGUAUAUGUGAAUGAGCUGAAAUGUGCUUUUCGCGAAGAUAAAGAUGAUCCCAUCAGCCCAAACAGUCUUGAUAGAUAUCUUACAUUGGCUAAGACGGCAACAGAAGCUUGCAAAGAAACACAACAAACAGCAAACAAAGAAGCCAUUACUCGACUGCAAAGACAAAAGGAUUAUACUACCUACAACACUGCUGGCCAUUUCUGUGAACUUCAAGUUGCAGCUACAGUCAUAGAAAUCCUGCAAAAGACACCACCGUAUAAAUCACAGUCAGAGCUAGCGGGAUCAAACACAAAACAGUCGACUGAUGCAGAGAGUGAGCCAUAUUACCAAGUACUGGGGAGGCAUGUCGACUUUCUAACUCAACAUAAAGCAAUGAUGAAGCAAGAUUUUGUUUUUCUUGAGACCUUUUUUGUCAACUUGGUUCCCUUUUUUGCCGGGAAAGACAAACAAAAAGAGGCAAUCAAGCACAAGGUUUGCAAAUAUUUUCAACAGUAUACUGAAGUCUUCUGUAAAAUCAAUUGGAGUGAGCUACGUAACAAAGAGUUUAUGAACCGACCAAAUAAAAUAGCUCAGAUUCAUGAAUGUCUGGAGAAGAACAGGGGUGAUACAUAUACUGGCCUUCUGGAAUACUUGUAUGAGGAAAAUUCUUCAUCAACUCUUGAAGAGAUCAUCCAGCAGUAUCGUUUCUUUCUGGAUCCCAAAACAGAGGACAGAGAAGUAAUGGAUACUAUCAACUUUAUUUAUGCCAAUGUAAUUCUAGCCAACAUCAAACCUAAAUCUCAGUACAUCAUGCCCUACCAAGACCUUCGUAAAUUGCUCCUGAAUUUAAUCACUUGGCCAAGAUCAUUCAGUGAGAUUCUGCCAUUGUACUACAUCUCAAUUGUGUUAUUAUGGCAAGAAGCCCACCGUGACUUGCCAACAUUUGUCUCACAAAUGAAGGCAUCAUAUUCAAAGGAGCUGAAACCUCUAUCUAAUGGAAAGAGAGCAGCGGUCCACUUUUACUUAGGAAAGGAUAGAGGUUAUGGUGGACUACUUUCCUAUAGGGAUAUUAACCGCUGUUUAGGACCAGGGGAGGACAUCUUAACUCAGUGGGACAAUGAAAAAAUAUGGAAGACAGUAAGAAACAGUAAGAAGCUUCAAAGAAUUUCAGGUGAAAUUCGCAACAAUUUGAUCUGGGUUGCCGAUGUGAAGGUUUAUGUUGAUCCAAUGUUUGUAACUCAGUUACGCAAAGGAUCUGGAGCCCGUGUGACAUUCUUCAUUGGAUUCUCAAUGAAUGGACCAGUGGCACUUGACAUAUUGUAAUUCAUAAGAAUCAACAGAAUGAUCUACAGAUCUACAAAUAUAUCUACAAAGACUAAACUUUCUUAAUUUCCAUUAAUACAAUUAAAACUCAAAGGGACUCAUGGACUGAAAGGUCUCUAAUUGUUUUGACAUGUUAUUUUAGUUUGCCUCGUUUUUAUAUCUUGUACAUACCAAUAUAAAGCAAUGUUUAAUCACUGACAUUGCAAGCUUGCAAGCUUUGUUUUAGCAGAAAUGUCAGAUUUGAUGUGAACCUUAUGCUUCCCAUAUGAGCAGGAUGAGCCUUUGGAACCCUAUUGGCUUGAGACUAAUGGUCUCAUUCACUUCCAUAAGUUUUAAUUGUAAAAACACCUUGUUAUGCAGCUUGAUGUUGCAAACUGAUAUUUUGUAAUUGCAUAACUUUUAGUUUUUUGUAUUGUCAUGAACACACUUGUUUGUCGGAAGUUCUAAACCGAUCACCGAAACAAGCGCACUUCUGCAUUGCAGAAUAAGGUCAAUAUUAGCAUUUGCAUGAGAUGUGACUAAGACACUGGUCACUGCCAGUAAAACAUUGAAUUCAAGAGAGACUUUUGUGCUGUACUUCACUUAAACUGGGUUUUCUACUGUUUGUUUGGGUUUUUACAAGUGUUUUACAUGUAUUUUGAGUUGUUUGGCAGUGUUUUUGGUCUUUGGAUAUGUAAUGAAUAGAAGAGGUACUGGUAUUUUGCUGUUUAUCCAUUUGUUCGGGAAUAAUGUUUAAGCAACAUUUUGCCCUUGUUUUUUCUAUUUACUUCUGUACAUUGUUUUUCUGUAAUAUGUGUAACAAAAAAAGUCAUAAAUCCCUGUUAACAAGCAGAAUAUAUCUAUGCCCUUGUGGUUGAAAGACAUAAUGUAUUUAAGUUAAAGGUUACCGAAUAAAUAUAUUUCUUAUCAGUU